CUCAGAUAAAAUGACAUUCAUGGAAAGGAUGCUUAAUUCAGCAGCCCAUUUUGCAAAUGCACUUGCUAUAUAUCCUGAUAUGGGAGAGCUAAAGAGACUGAAUGAAGAGCAUAGGUUGAAUAUCUCCAUUGAUCGGCAGAGAGUAGAUCUCAUAAUAAGUAACAGUCAUAUUGCAUUGGAAUACCCAAGACCUCUCAUGCCCAACCAUGUAUACAUUGGUGGUUAUACACUUGAACCACCAAAGCCUCUUCCUAAAAAUAUCAAUGACAUACUAGCUGACUCACAAUUUAAUGAUAUUAUCAUUGUAAGCUUUGGUUCAUUUGUUAAAGAUUUGAUGAAUCCUGAAAAAUAUGAAAUUCUUGCUGAAGCAUUUGCAAAACUCCCAUAUACCAUACUAUGGAAACACACUGAGAACCCACCUGCUAACCUCGGAGAGAACACCCAUUUAAUAACAUGGCUACUUCAGAAAGAUUUACUGGGAUAUUCAAAAACAUGCCUCUUUGUGACACAUUGUGGAAGGAGCUCAUUCUUGGAGACAAUUUAUCAUGGUGUACCAGUUAUUGCCUUGCCAUUAUCGUUUGACCAGCCUAAAAAUGCAAAUCUAUUAAGCAACCAUUUACAAAUGGGAGUUACAUUGGAUAUUAACACUCUUGUGGCCGAUGAACUUGAGCAAGCUAUUCUUAAUGUACUUUCUGAUCCAAAAUAUACAGAAAAUGCAAGGAAAGCAAGUGAUUUGUUCAAAGACAAUCCUGUGUCUCCAAGAGAAACAUUGCUGUACUGGGUGAAUUAUGUUAUUAAACAUGAUGGAGCUGAUCAUUUGAAAUCCCAAGGAAUGAAUAAUCUCGCAUGGUAUCAGUACUUCUUGUUGGAUAUCAUUGGACUGGUACUUUUGACUUUGGUUAUUCUUGCUAUUAUAUCUUUCUAUUUGUGCCGGUUUGCAAUCAGAUGUUUUAAGUUUUGUUUUAAAAGGAAGCAAGAUUAAUAUUAUGCUCUUUGAAUGCAAUGGUACAACAAUACUGCAGAAAAAUUUAACAAAUCCAUCUAAAAUGAAAAGUACAGUAUCUGUAAUGAAAAUUUGUAAAUAAAUAAAUGUUGAAGUUGACAAUGUUUCUUUGUGGAUUCAAUAAUAUUUGAGGAUAUUGGGGGUUCUUUUCCCUUACGACCAGUUUUAUUCCAAUCAAAGUUACAUGUCUGUUUACCUCAAAAAUAUCCAAUUUGGGAAAAUAUGUAAAAAUUGCUUAUUUUCUAAAACAAUAUCUACAUGUUCUAAAAUUAAGCAUAUGAAGGAAUAUAUUAAGCAUAUUAAUAACUUGUGUAAAACCACUAUUCGAGUAGAGAG